CGAGACCUCCGCUUCCGCUACUUCUCCAUCGCUUCAACUGUCCUCCCGGGGCUGUGUCUUAACGACUCACUACUGCAAGUUGCACUGCAUGAAUGCCUGGAGAUAGGGCGCAGCCCUUCCACUGUGAUUCGAUAAUGCAUCUCCCCGUUGGCGUGGUUGCCUUCAGCCAAGACCUCGCAGCCGCCUGCGCUGCGCUGGUAUAUAUCCAGACCUUCCAUUCCUGUCUCCCUUCCUUUCCCUUCCUUCACGCACCCGAGCAGGCAAAGCAAACGCGCGUCCGGCGAUCUUUGUUUCGCGCAAAGAUAACCGCACCGUCAAGUUCUUCCGUGUGAUUUCCAUCGGCUGUUGACCUUCUCUUGAGAGGUCGGCUGGCAGGCGAGGGAGUCAUCCAGCGAAGACUUGCGCAGCUCUCCCAUCACAUGCUUCCCUUGUGAAAUCAAGCGUCACUCUCCCACCGAAGAAAACCUAUCACGCUCUCUACUACAAUCAUAGGUUCUUCUGCCGUUCCUUCAAGCCCUUCCUUCGCUCGUUCGUGAAUCUCUGGAUCUUGACAAUCAACAAUCGUCGCAUUUCCCCUAAUGUCAAUGCGCUCGUUCGACGACAUGUUCAAGCGAUCGUUCAAUACUAGGGAAGGUCGUAUCGUCAAGUCGAAGACCACAAAGACCACAUAUCCCGAACACGUGAAGAAGAAGAUGCAGGACACAGUGGACGCCGGCUCGCCGGUGGCAAGCACAUUGACGAGCCCCAUCGUCACCUUGGUGGUCGGUUCUGAGCAGCGACUAUUCGCUGCCCACGAAGACGUCCUCUGUCAUUCACCCUACUUUGCGGCUGCUCUCAAAGGCAACUUUCUUGAAGGCAGCUCGAAGAGGGUGGAACUGCCCGAUGAAGAACCGGAAAUCCUCUCCUGCGUCCUCGAGUUUCUCUACAAGGGUGACUAUUAUCCUCGCUUGCUGCACAACAAGCGCCGAAACACUUGGGAUCUCGAGGACGUUCAGGACCUCAUAAAAAAUGGUGGCCGCGGAAACAACGCAUCGACAAUCUAUCUCCCUGAUGCCGGCGGCGAUGUCUUGAGAGACACCGUGGUGUACUGCGCUGCCGAGAAGUACGGCCUGGAGGAGCUGAAACGCCUGUGUCUACGGAAGCAGGGGUUGCAGUCUGGAAUCCAAGUCGACGUGAUCUUGCGAUCAGCUCGGUAUGCGUAUGCGCACACACCGGACACGGAGUCGCGACUCCGCGCUCAUUACCUGGCUCUGAUCAUUCGAAGUCGCAAGACUUUCAAGAGGAGCGGAACCAUGCAGAUGGAAAUGGAGAAUGGGGGCAAAUUGUUUUUCGACCUCUUUGUGGCCAUGUGCAAUCAUAUCGAUGACAUUGUCGAGAUCAGCAACAGCCGCUCUCCCCGAGUCAUCUAAAAGUUUGCGCAAACGACUCGAAGCAGGCUCGACGGGUUUGGUGCUAUGAUGUGAGAUAGGACAGUAUGUUUACCAGGGCCGUUGGAAUCAACAACGAGUCUUGUGGGACCUCGCCUGCUUUGAUAGCAGCAACAACUCCGCUUCUUCUCGAGGUUGGCCGACGACACUUGCUGGUUCAUCGCAACCCUACUCCUUCUAAUGGCCCUGCUUUAGGCGCAAUUUCGACUUUCCGCUCUUUCAUUGGGAUUUUGACAAUCCCAGGGAAAUGAUCACCUCACACAGUGUGCGAUCUACAACUCGCAGCUCUUAUGUACUUUGGUUGUUUUCUCGACUCUGAUGUCGACAUCUGAUAUGGUGAAGCUACUUUCAGACCUGAUCCCUGGGGAUGGGAUGAAAACCUCUGUGUUCAGAAUAGGAAAUGAGACAUUCGGCCACCUCAAA